GCUCAGAAGCGAGCCGGCUGUCAGGCAUUGCGGUUCUCAGUUUCCUGCUGCUCCGUCUAGGGUUAUCUCUUGUUUCUAGAUUUCUUUCACUCGCUUGUUUGUCGAAAUUGCCCACUGUGCUAUAGUGACCACUUUUCUUGUGAUGAUCAGAAACUAAUGUGUGUGUGUGUGUUUGGCUAAUUUUUCUUGUACGAAAGAAACGAGUGCUGGACUCCCAUCAAACUUGGAUCGUGUCGAUGUGCUCGUGUGGAUCGACUGUUAUCGGGUCAACACAUUACCCGCAACACUCACACACCACUUCAAUUGGAUUUUCGUUUGUUUUGCAUCCACGUUUCACGGAAUACUAUUCGCAGUGUGUAUGUGUGUUGUUUCCAUCGGAUAAGACUUUCGUGUCAACGGUUAAUAAAUGAAAGCCAAACUCUUUGAAUAAUCCAUGUGACGUUUCGUUUGCAGAAUUUUUGGCUGUGUCGCAAAAGAAACACAACACAAAAAGAGCCAAAGCAUCAGGAACAUCUUUCUUUUCGGUGUGAUUGUUUUUUGCACACGUUUACAUCCCUCUUGUGAAACCAACAUCGUUUCCUCAAUUCGUUUUUGAUUAAAUCACGAACCUCUUGAGCUCGCCUUGUGGCCAUCUUCGAACAAGGUUCGGCUGGCACAUUUCCUGCAGCUCUGCCCGUCCGCGUUCCAAAUAGCUGAGCAUAAGCGCCAAACGAACAGCAUCUGCAGGUCAUUCGACAGAGGGACGAGCCCGGAAGUUGCGGGAUUCCUAUCAAGGAAUAGAGAAUAACAAUUGACCAAUCGGCCGUAAUAUCCUUAACCGACACCAUCGAGGUCCAACAGGAAAAGUGACGAGACUACGUGCAACAACCCGUUUUUUCGCUGUUCGUCGGCUGUCAUGAUCGAUUCCGUAAGCAUUACGUAUAGCAACCGAUUAGAGAUGAGCAGUCGCAACAUCGUCGAGACAUCCAGCAGCAUCAUGGGUCAUCACAAUCAACAGUUUAGACAACUGUCACCCUCUCCAACACAGACCAGAAGAUCAGAUUUACAUUGGCUUCGGUGGUCACUCGUGGUUUUAGCUUUCUUUUGCUGUGUGGGCGUAUCGAAUGGACAAAAUUCCGCCAACGGCCAACAAGUCCGGCAUGCACAGAGAUUCGAGCGCGAACCCGAAGACCAAACGGCCGUUGUGGGCGAAACGGUCGUUAUGGCUUGCCGCGUCCUCAACAAGGCCGGCGUGCUCCAGUGGACCAAGGACGAUUUCGGUCUGGGCAGCGACCGCAACCUUAGCGGAUUCGAGAGAUAUAGCAUGAUCGGCACCGAAGACGAAGGCACGUUCUCCUUGCAGAUUCGACCGGUGACGUUAGAGGAUGACGGCCGUUUCCAGUGUCAGGUUAGCCCAGGCCCUGAAGCGGCUUCAACGGCAAUCCGUUCACGCUACGCUACUCUGGCCGUUCACAUCCCUCCCGAACCUCCUCAGAUCGUGCAGGGAUCGCAUUUGAUCACGACGGAGGAUCGCGAAGUGGAAUUGGAAUGCCAAUCUCGUGCCGGCAAACCAGCAGCUGAGAUUAUCUGGCUGGACGGCGAAGGCAACUUGAUCACCAAUAACGUCGAAGUCUUCAAGGAAGUGCUGGCCGACGGGAAACGGACCAAUGUCAAAUCCGUUUUGAAAUUGUCGCCGAAAAUGCACUACCACAACAAGAACAUCACUUGCCAGGCCCAGAAUGCGGCCGAACGAUCGCCCAGGAGCGUUUCUCUUCUCAUGGAAGUCAAAUACGCUCCCAAAGUAACUGUCACAGUAGAGCAGGAACGGAUAACCGAGCUGGAAUCGGUCCGUUUGUCAUGCCACGCUGAUGCCAAUCCACCCAACGUGAUUUAUAAGUGGUACAUUAACGACGAGAUCGCACACGGUGACUAUUCAACCGAAUUGAUCAUCGCCAGCGCAAGCCGCCAGCUCAAUGACGCCGUCGUUAAAUGUGAAGUCACUAACGCCGUUGGCAAAGGCGAAGACAAUCAAACGCUUAGCGUUCACUACAGCCCCGAAAUCCGAAGCCGGCCCGCUAACGUAGAAGCCGAUAUCGGUGGUAACGUGACUCUGCGUUGUGACGUGAGUGGGAACCCGGAGCCUGAAAUCAGCUGGACUUUCGAGGGUUCGAGGCGUGUUCUAAGCAUCGGGCCAGCCUAUACUUUCUGGAUGAAUCACGACAUGGCCGGCAAAUACACUUGCACCGCCCGCGUGCCCGGAUUUCCCGAAGUGUCGGCGGACGCGCACGUUUUCUUGAAAGGUCCCCCAACUGUUAGGAGUAAACGGAUCCAAUUUGGUCUCGAAGGAGACACGGUACGCAUCGAGUGUGUAGCGUUCGCCAUCCCUCGGCCGUCUAAAAUAACAUGGACUCACCGGGGAUACGAAAUCGAUGCCGGUGAUCCUUAUGUAACGUUUAAUAACGAUCCGCUUCCCGAUGGUGUGCGCAGUACAUUAAUCAUCCGCGAAGCAAACGACAAGUACUUUGGCUCUUACAACUGUUCGGUAGCCAAUGAUUACGGCAUGGACGCAGCCGAAAUUAUUCUCCGAAAAGAAACUGGGAAUUUGCAAUUAUUGUUCAUCUCUGCCGGAGUCGUGGGUGGAAUCGUAUUGUUAAUCGCUUGCGUGAUGGUCAUCGUCGUAUGCCAAAGAAGAUCCAAUAAAAAAGUAGAAGAAGGAGACAAAGGCGACAGGACGUCGAAGCAGUCGGAUCAGACGUCCAACAACGAUUCCGACCUGAAGGUUGACAUCAGAACGGCGUCGUCGUUGAGUAAUCCGCCGGAAUCGGAGCAGUGGGAUGACAGCAGCGAGAGGAUUACUCCUAGGGCUGUCAUCACCAACGGCGAUGCCAUGUAUCGCUACGCCGGAGACUAUACUGACGCCAGUUUCCCCCCGCCCAAAGCCGAGGGUCACAACAACAACGGAUACGUGCCUUAUGUCGAUUACGGGAGAGACUACAAUCCUGCCUUCGCCGGUGUAUCGAAUAGUCAAGCCUCGCUCUACACCGCCAACCCUCACACGGUCAUACCGAUGACAGGCAUCGAUCCGCGCUUCUCGGCCGCUUACGGCAAUCCCUAUUUGAGAAGUUCAACAACGUCGCUACCGCCGCCGCAUUUGAACGGCGGACUCACAACGUACGGCUCGGUCAGGAACGGCCCCGCGCCUCAAGUCGGUCCAGCGCGGACGCCGCCACCUUCCGUCGCUGCCGUCUCCUCCGCAGCAGCCGUAUCUCCUCACUCUCAGUACAUUGUGUCAAACAAAGCCCAGCUCAAACCGGGUACUUUGGCAACCCACGUCUAACACAGAAAUUGCCCAUCAUAUUGUAAACAAAUUCUCCCUCCCCUUUUUUGCCCCAUGUCCUUUGUUUCAAACUGUUUUUCAUUCGCCCGUAAUCUUUAUAUAUAUAUCCCAACUAACCAGUUCGUUUGUCAUUGAAAACCUCGUUUGUUUUGUUUGAUUUUGGUCCUCUAUUUUUGCUGAUGAACCAUGUUGUGUGCCGUCGCCAGUCAGCCUCUUGUUUCCUCUUCGACGACUUCCAACGAUCUUGAUGAUGACGCGGAUGGCAGAGGCUACUCAAACCAGAAUUUUUGUUAAAAUAUAUCAUGUACUUUGCCGUGCGUGUCAGGGCGCGAACGUCUAUUCACUUUUCUUGGUCGAGAAAAGUUUACAAUGCGGGUCAAGGUGUCUAAACGCGGAAUGCCGAGGAGAAAAGACAAUGGCAAACGUUUUGAGCCGUUGGUUUUGUAACGACAGUCAAAACAAUUGUUGUCUAUGAGCUAUAAAGAGAAACUUGAAAUUAUUUUUCUUCCGAAUUUUGAGAUUGGUUUGUGACUUGGAAGAAUUAAAGCUCUUCGUGGUGUGUUCCGCAACGCGCUUGACACACACACACAACCAACACAACUUCCUUGCCACUAAUGUAAAUAAAUGAAAGAGGAAUUUCGGUCGCCUCUUUAUCUUGUGUUUUCGAUUCUCGACUCCCGAGGUUGUACAAAAAUCCUCAUACAAGUUUGUGCUGUAAAUAUUUUCCAUUGAAUUCAAGAUAAUGCUGCCCGUUCAUUUCGCCACCAUUUAUGACUAUUUAAUCAGCCCAAGAUGCCAAAGUUCCUGUGUUAGGUCGAUAAUCGAUCGAUCACAAACGGGCCAUGAUUCAAUGUUCUUCAUCAUAUACCGUAAAAAAAUUUAUAGCCACGGCGAGCAACUUUUUGUAUCAUGUGCUGCUGACUUUUCUGGCUCGAUUAUCGGAAGAAAAGAUUAUAAAAUGGUGGACACGAUUUUUGCAUGUAUGCAGACUGGCCGACUUCGUUCUUUGUAUGCAUUGAAUACACAAUGUGUUGACUUCUGAAAA